UUAUUUCUUGAAAUGCACAUUGCUUUAUUUAUUUCAUAUCUGUAUGACAUACUGACUCCUACAAUAGUGUAAACGAUUAUAAAUAAUACAAUUAUCAGGACAAAAUAAAAAAAAUAAAUCAAUAAAUAAAUCACUGUCAUGCUAUAAUGUGACAUAAAUCAAUGGCUUUUAUGAAUUUAAUGAUAAUGUAUUUUGCUACUGUAUAUACCUGUAUUAAAUUAAUACAGCAUUAUUUUAAUGAUAUGUACCUAUGUGUGAGCUUUAUGCAGCAAAUCCCCCAAAGAGACAUGUGGCUCCCCUCUAAUUCUGAUGACAAUCCUAUUAAAUCUUCCAGUGGGGCUUUGCAGGUGGAUGGGUUAGACCUCCAGUGACUGGUUUUGUAAUGGUUUGUCUCCUAUUGACAGAUGGCACACUAAAGCUAAAUGCAUGCUGGGAAACAGCAUCUUAUUCGCCUUUUAAGACGACCAGUAAAACCCAACCUGUAUGUUUUCAAGUGCAAAAGACAUAGGCAACACAUAGAAUGUAUUAUAGGCCACAGAACUGAAAGAAAACAAGAGAAGGAGGAAAAAAGUAGUUAAUAAUUAUCAGUUGUAAUUUUGAUGCAUGCUUUGAUACUUUGAGAUUUUUUUUUGGAUUCAACUGACUGAUUGAGCUUUGGAGAUUUUAUUCAAGAAGAAUUGGGAGGUUUUGCGAUCUUCACUUGAUGCCUCUGCAGAAAGAGAUCUUACAGGAGGUUUGGACAGAAAACAGCCUUCCUAACAAUGACUCCAAAAGGUCAGUACAGAAGACAAAAAAGAAGAAGCCGGAGGCAGAUUCUGGAAAGGCCAAUGGAGCUGAAGCCAAACCCAAAAAGAGCAAAGCUAAAAAGAGUGAAGAGUUGUCAGGCGAAGAGGACAGUACGCCCUCAAAGACAGAGAACAAACCGGUAAAGAAAAAGAAAACCGAGAAGGACAAAGAAGAGGCAACAGAGAAGAACAUAAAAAAGAAGCUCAAGAGUACUCCUAAGAAGAAGAAAGAUUCCGAUGAUGAAGAUGACGAGGAUGACGAAGAGGAGACCUCACAGAAGAAAACUAAAAAGAAAACCACCAAAGAGAGCUCCCCUGCUGGCACCAAAGAAAAGAAAUCAAAGGCCAAAGAGGGUAAAGGUGAAUCAGAAAGCAGAGGAAAGACAGCCAAGGCUAAAAAGGAGCCAGCUUCUAUGUUUCAGAUAAAUGGAGAUAAACCAGAUUUUAUCGCAAAAAAGAAAGCAUCUGCUCCAGUCACCAAGUCUGACAGCGAUGAGAGUGAGCCAGAGACUAAACCCAGCAAGAGCAAAAAGAAAUCCACUGCCAACUCCACCUCCAUGUUUCAGGCUGGAGGAGACAAAGACAAGAAAAAAGACAAGAGUAAUAAGGACAAAGAGAAGAACAACAAGAAAAAGAAUGCUGCUAAAUCUGAUGAAAGUGAUGAUGAGGAUACAGAAGUGCCUAGAAAGAAGAAAGGCAAAGGCAGGAAAAAGAAAAAGGAGGAGGAGAGGCCUCCAUCACCAGAGAUUGAGUUUGAUGACCUCGAGGAGUUUGUUCUUCAGCCUGCACCUCAGGGAACCACCAUCAAGUGUAAAGUGACGCGAGACAAGCGCGGCAUGGACAGAGGCUUCUACCCAACCUAUUACCUCCAUUUAGACAAUGACAAGAAGGUUUUCCUAUUGGCUGGUCGAAAAAGAAAAAAGAGUGCAACGUAUAUUUUUUUCAUAGAUGCCACUGACCUGUCUCGGGGCGGAGAAAAUUUUAUUGGAAAGUUGAGGUCCAAUCUCAUGGGUACCAAGUUUACAGUGUUUGACAACGGUCUCAACCCUGACCGUGCCCUCAGGGACAUGUCUAACGCCCGGCAAGAGCUAGCGGCUAUCAUUUACGAGACAAAUGUGUUGGGGUUUAAAGGGCCCAGAAAAAUGACUGUCAUCAUCCCAGGCAUGGAUGACGAUAACGAGCGAGUGCCGAUACGUCCACGAACGGACAACGACAGUAUACUUAUGCGCUACCAAAACAGGCAGAUGGACAACCUGAUUGAACUCCACAACAAAACUCCAGUUUGGAAUGAUGACACUGCUUCCUAUGUCCUCAACUUCUCUGGUCGGGUCACACAGGCCUCUGUCAAGAACUUCCAGAUCGUCCACAGCAAAGACAACAGCUACAUUGUGAUGCAGUUUGGAAGGGUGGCAGACGACAUGUUCACUCUGGAUUAUAAUUACCCCAUGUGUGCAGUGCAAGCCUUUGCUAUCGCUCUGUCCAGCUUUGAUGGCAAACUGGCCUGCGAAUGAACACAAGACACAAAAUUCUUCAACCAAGAGUCAAAUCUUUGCAAUCAACACACAAUAACUUCAUCAUCAGGAAGGACGAUGUGUUAUUUGAAAAUGUGGGACAUUUUUAUGAUUUCCACUGUGCCUGAAUGUGACUGAGAUGCACUUCUCCUGGAUCCAGAACAGAAACUGACACCAGAGCCAGGCGUUGCACGUACAUGAUGAAUGCAGGCUACAUAAAAUGACUGAAAGUGAUUGAAAAAUUGUUUGAUUCUAUUUUGUGUUGCACUGAGAUUUAUGAAUGA